AUGGAAACAGGCGAGCUGAGCAUGGAGAACAUGGAGACCCUAACGGAGCUGGGGGAUGAGCUGACCCUGGGAGACAUCGAUGAAAUGCUUCAGUUUGUUAGUAACCAAGUUGGAGAAUUCCCUGACCUAUUUGAAGAUCAGCUAUGUUCCAGCUACCAAGGAAGUACUGGGAUGGAUAGCACUUUGCCCAAGACUUAUAACCAGAUCCAGCCACAGAACUUUCAGACUUCAGCACCACAGCUUCCAGUAGUGUCUAUAAAGGCUCAUGUUCAAGCUGUUCCCCAGAGGACCACUCCUCUCCUUCAACCAAGACCAGUAGUCCAGUCUGCGCCUCAAUUGCAGCAGCAAACUGUUAUGUUGGCACCGACAUUUAGCACCGCUCCCCAGACUCGAAUAAUACAGCAGCCACUCAUCUACCAGAAUGCUGCAACCACAAGCUUUCAGGUGCUGCAACCACAGCUUCCGAGCCUUAUGACAACUCAGCAAGUUCAGCCUGUUGCUAUCCAGCAGCAGGUCCAGACGGUUCAAGCCCAGCGUGUACUAACCCACACUGCUAAUGGAACAAUCCAAGCCCUGAGCCCAGCCCAUCAGAGCACUAUCCAGACACUGACCCCAGCUACAGUACAGACAGUGACACCGCAGGUUCAGCAAGUUCCUGUUUUGGUACAACCUCAGAUUAUAAAAACAGAAUCUCUGGUGCUGACUGCUCUGAAGGCAGAUGGUAGUCCGAUGAUGACUACUGUUCAGAAUCCUGCAAUCACAACACUUGCUACUCCUCUACAAACCACUGCUCUCCAAGUACCUACACUGGUAGGAGGAGGUGGAACUAUUCUGACCACAAUGCCAGUUAUGAUGGGACAAGAAAAGAUGCCUAUCAAGCAUGUGUCGGGCAUUCUCAAACAGCAAGAAGUGCCAAAGGAGGGUGAAAGGCGGACAACACACAAUAUCAUUGAGAAGAGGUAUCGUUCCUCAAUCAAUGAUAAAAUCAUAGAACUGAAAGACUUGGUUAUGGGAACAGAUGCCAAGAUGCAUAAAUCAGGGGUUUUGAAAAAAGCAAUUGAUUAUAUAAAGUACCUUCAGCAAGCAAACCAGAAACUUCGUCAGGAAAAUAUGGCACUUAAGCUGGCCAAUCAAAAGAACAAAUAUUUGAAAGGGAUUGAUUUGAGCAGCUUGGUUGACACCAGCAUGGAAAUGAAGAUGGAUGAAUUCAACCAAAACAUUUUAAUGAUGUCUCCACCAGCAUCUGACUCUGGCUCUCCUGCUGUCUUCUCCCCAUACUCUGUGGAUUCAGAGCCUGGAAGCCCUCUUCUUGAUGAUGAAAAGGUUAAAGAUGAACCAGACUCUCCCACAGGAUUGGGUAUGAUGGAUCGCUCAAGGAUGUUACUAUGUACUAUGACAUUCCUUUGCUUGACAUUUAAUCCCCUAACCUCUUUGCUGCACUCAGAAACUGCUGAGCUCUCUGAUAGGACCAUGCAGCAUGGAACAGGUAGAACCAUGCUAGGUAUUGAAGGGUAUCAGGUCUUUCUGGCAGCUGGCUUGACUGGCUUAUCCCAACUCUAAUUCUUUGGUUGGUAAAUGGAGUGAUUGUUCUCAGUGUUUUCAUGAAACUGUUGAUCCAUGGAGAGCCAGUGACAAGAUUGCAUUCUCGUUCCUCUGUGAAAUUCUGGAGACACCGAAAACAAGCUGAUUUGGAUCUUGCUCGGGGAGAUUUUGGAGCAGCAGCAUUAAAUUUGCAGACUUGCCUUUGUGUACUUGGACGAUCUCUCCCAGCUUCCCGCUUUGACCUUGCAUGCAGCCUGUCCUGGAACAUUAUACGUUGUAGUCUACAGAAAAUAAGCCUGGUACGCUGGCUACUGAAACGUACGCCUGGCCAUUGUAAUAAAGGAGAAUUUCAGGAUGAAGCUGCAACCAGUGCCCGUGAUGCUGCCCUUGUUUAUCACAAAUUGCACCAGCUGCAUUUGACAGGAAAAUUGUCCUCAAGUUGGCGUUGCUCAGGUCUCAACCUUUCUCUGUGUGCUGUGAACCUAGCUGAGUGUGCAGGUGACAAAAUAUCACCAAGUUUACUUGCAGAAAUUCACCUAACUACAGCUGUGCAGAUGAAGAUCAGCUUCUCUGGGAGGUUCUCUUUCUUGGCUGCAUAUUUUCUUGGUUGUGCACAAAGUAAUAACUCUACUGGAGAGAGUGAUUCUUUACCAGAGUCUUUGCGAUGGCUAACACAUCCGAUGGGGAAACACUUCUUUAUCCACUUUAACUGGACUGUGAAGAGUGCUGCAAAGGAGUCUCUCUACAGCUCCUCAAGAAAUCCUGCUGACCCCAUUGCUCAAAUUCAUCGAACAUUUUGUGAAUCGUUGCUGGAGAAAGCAUUGUAUUCACUGGCAAAGCCAGAGAGCAGCAAAGUGUCUCCGGAAGAAGAAAGCUGUGAGUUUUCUAAAGCUCAAGAGUACUUGAAGGUUUUAAAUGUGUUUGCAGAUUCUGUUAGCAGCACCACUUCCCUCCCACUUGGAGGGUCUCCCUGUAUAUUGUCUAAUCACAGUACGGAUCCUAUUUGUCGAUGGUGGUAUGCAGUAUCCUCAAUGGCGAUUGGUUGGCUUCAGGGUGAUGAUUCUUCUGUGAAAUCUCAGUAUAUGGAUGCUGAAAGACUUCCCAAGCUCCUAGAUGCUGAGAACCCCUUGGUAAAAGCUGUAGUAUACAUGUGCAGAGCCAUGCAAAUGUCUGUAUUGGGAAAGACUGAGAGUUCACAAAAUGCUUUCACUCAAUGUGAGAAAGCCAGUACGUUCUUAUGGAAUAGUCUGAAUAUGAGUGGUACAUGCAAUAAUGAUCUGAAUAAGGUAAUACAGCUUCUGGUUUGUGAUCUCUUACUGUCCAUGCGAACCUCUUUAUGGCAGAAACAGGCAUCUGGGGAAGCAAUUCAUGCCUCCAAAUCAGUGCUCACAGGAUUCCAGAGGGAUCUCAGCAGCCUUCGUAGGCUUGCUCUUACCUUUAAACCUGCUCAAUGCAAGUUGUUCCUACAUGAAGCUACAGUUAGACUGAUGGCUGGUGCAAGUCCAACCCGCACACAUCAGCUUUUGCAACACAGCUUGCAGAAACGUCCUCCAAACAUCAGCAAGCCCGGGGAUAUGUACUCUUUACCAGGACAGAGAGAACGAGCAACUGCCAUCUUGUUGGCCUGUCGGCACCUGCCCCUAUCGUUUUUAUCCUCCCCCAGGACAGAGAGCAGUGAUGUUGGCUGAAGCAGCACGGACUUUGGAAAAAGUGGGCGACAGGCGCUCAUAUCAUGACUGUCAGCAAAUGAUGGUCAAGCUUAGUGGGGGCACCGCUAUGGCAGCGUCUUGA